UACACGAGAAAUCGCAUCGUGUUUCAUUCACAACGCGAGCGCCACUGGCAAUGUCGGGAAGUGACAGCCCAACAUUCUUUCACGGCCAGCCCUGGUCCAGCUGGAUCGAAAGAAUCGGACGAGACAAGCCGUUGAGCGAUGAAGAAUCAGAUGCUCAACUCUCUAGCUCAGUUACACGGCUCUCAGCAGAAGAUAUUGAUUUAUAUGGAUUUUGUCCCGAAAGAGAUACUUUUUACACGGUAGUGUGUGAAACCUGCCAUGCAAUAGUCAAACCACAGGCUCUUAUUCAACAUAUGGAAAGUCGCCAUCCUUCCGGCACGGUCAAUUUUCCACCUCCUUCUACCCCAAUUGUAAAAACUCCUUUGAAGACACCUUAUUGCAAAGUGUCGAAAUUGAAAAAGACGCAGUCAUCGCCGCAGAUCUCGAAUAGCGGGAGCAAUAAGAUCAAUCACGCGAAUGUGAAACGGAACACGGAACAACCUACUAUCUCAACGAGCUUGUCAUCUACGUCAAUAUCGGUCCCCUCGUCGCCUCGAUCACCCCUUGAGUCAUUACCAUCGUCUGUUCAGACAUCGAACUCCGGCUCAGGAUCAGUGAUCGCUUCGAGCCCAGUGAAAAGUCCGGGUACGGCGACGGGUCAACCUCGUCGGAAGAGACUCAAAACUGAUCGAUCGUUGCUCAAGGAUCGGGAAUACGAUCCAGACAGGCAUUGCGGAGUGUGGAACGAGGAAACCGGCAAACCUUGCACCAGGUCGCUCACGUGCAAAGCGCACACGGUCUCGUUGCGCCGGACGGUCGUCGGCCGGAGUAAAACUUUUGACAAACUCCUCGCGGAGCAUCGUGCCUCAAAAGAUGUCCCGAACAGGCCGACAAAAGUGACCGUGACCGGUACGGUGACCGUAUCUUCCGCGACUUCGAGCUUGAACCCCUUAACACCUACCACCCCCACCUUGACCAUCGAAACGGAAGCACCCAGCUCGCCACCCGUUCUAUCGCUGCCAGACACAUAUCCACUGCCAAAGGCUGUUGAUUUGCUUUAUCGGUGUCUGGCCCCGCAUGGCUCCACUAAACCUACCAAGCUCGAAGAGGACUUCGCCAACGAGGAGCUGAGGAGCCUGGAGUCGACGCUAGUGAAUUCGACCGGUUCGUCGCAAUCGAGCUCGAUGAUGGCCCCGAUAUCCGUGGUGUUGCCAUCUCUAUCACCGUUGCCGGCUAAUAACGAGGAAUCGUCGUCGGUCGCCACGCUGAUACCGAGCACAGCAUCCCCAGCUAUACCUGUGCCAGCAACACUGCCAGCCACGUGUACGCAACCGUCGUUGGUCACGACGGUCCUCGAGGCUGAGACACCGAUGGACAUCGACCAGGAAGCGGCGAUGACCAUCUAUUCCCCCGUUUACAAGGAUAAAUCCAAGUUACUGGUCGAGCUACCACGUUCCAACAAUAUCGCCCAUUCUCCUAUAUCGUCUAUGCCCAGUUUGCUGUUCGAACCGAUGGAUCAACUCGAGCAACUGGAACAAUUGGAACAGCAACACGCGACACAGAUCAACGGAAAGAGACUGAAUCACGCGACUCGUGCGAGUCCCGUUACGCAACGACAGUCCAAGAGGAUCAAACACGAGUACCAUCAACAGGACUUGUCCACUGCGAUACAGGUCGAGGCUACGACGACCUCCUCUCCCUAUCCUCAUUUCGGGGACAUAUCUUGGUCGAACUGUCACCCGGAGCCAUUGGCUGUUAGCCGAUGGCUUCGUAUUUCGUCCACCCGUAAGCAGUAUAACUUUAAUAUUCACUGACAUAAGACCCCACCCACUCCAGGCUGAGGACCGUGCGCCAUGGGCGUUUGUCUACCUCCUAUUUUUUUCGAGAUCCUUUUUUUCAUGGUCGUCCUCGUCGCCGUCGUUGAUGGUCUAAAGGUCUGAAGCCUGUCGAGAAUGGGACAAAGUCUUGAUGUUCGGUGAAGCCUCGAUGUGAUGAGCAUGCGCACGGUGGGAACAUGUACGCGAGCAAUUUCGCAUACGUGGAAAAACAAGAUGGGUACGAUGUUUUGCAUGCUUAUUCUGUCUACCGGAACGAGUAAUCUCGAGCAGGAAUGCGAUAACAACAACAAUGAUCCUUUCUUUUUGUACCGCGUCACGUCUACAUUCUGCCAGCCGAUGAUCGUUUUCUUAGAAAGAAUCACCACCAUCGUCAGACGUUCGUAGGCGCGUUAAUCGCAUUAUUGGAUCGUUCACUUUAGAGGAUAUACGCGUAAAACUGGAAAAAGUCGGGUUUCGCAGAAACAAAGACAGAAGCACGUUCCAGAUUUUUUUUAAUUUCUUAUCUUUCUUUCGAUACUUACUUGUUUACAAAACUGUUUACAAAAAUAGAUGGAGGCGAGCAAUCGAUAUAAUAAAAAUACGCGAUUCGUCAAAUUCACGAUUAUCGUUGCAAAACAUUCCCGAAAUAUUAUCGUUAUUCCCCCUUCAACUGUUCGCUCCAAGAGGUUACAAUGCAAAAUAAAAUAGCAUUUUUUAAUCUCGUAACGAUGCUUCUGUUCCGAUUUUAUAUAUUUUUCACGGAAAAGCGAAUCGGCAUCAUCGAAUUGUGCAACAAUAUCGAUGCUAGCCCCUUUUUCAAGCAUUAUAAUUGUAUUGGCAGUAGAUAGAUAUUAGGACAUCGACUGAUAUAUAUACAUAAUAUUUCUUUGUCCGCGAAAUCAAUUUUUUUACCGAAAAUCGUUGCAAGUCUCUCUCGGUGCAGAAUCGGAAGGGGUAGGAGAUUCGUACUCUGAUUGCUGCAUCUCGUUGUAACGCGACUCGUUUGAAGGAAAGAUAAAUGUAGAGUAAAGGGAGGGAAUAGAGAAAGGAAAAAAAGAAAGACAUCAAAGUGAAAACGUGGUAUAAAAAAAAAAGAAAGAAGAAAGAAAAGGAAAAGCAAACGAGUCAAAAUUCGUGGAGGUUUUUUGAGCGAGAAGAGAGAAGCGACGAUAACAAGUGGAAUGAAACGACAUCGAAAUUUUAGUCAACUCGUGUGUAUGCGUGUUUGUGCAAAGGAUAAAGGAUCACAUGACCAGCCAACAAAAAAGAAAGAAAAUAUCAUUAUUUUUUUUUUUUCCUUUUCGUUAUACAGAACGUUUAAAAACGUUUUAAUAAAAAGAAUAGCUAAAUAAGAGUAGCUAAAACGAGUAAGAAAGUGUUCGUUGGUUUCUUUCUUUUCGAAGACACACCGCUGAGUGACACGCAUUUUUUCUGCGAAAAACGUGAAAAACACCAGCCAGGAAUUUUUUUGUAAAUACCAAUCUACCAGAGAAUAAUCAGAUUUACGACAUUGUCCUCCUGUAAAUACGUUUAAUAAGAUAUGUAAAUGUAGUUAGCCAUGAGUGGCCGAUCAUCGAAUUGUCGUACGCGUAGAAACUUCAACUUAUUUUCCAAUUAAAUUCGGUCCGCGUACAGAGGGUCUCAUCAUGUACAUACAUAGAUCAUAGUAUACAUAUAUACAUAUAUAUAUUUUUUUUAUCACGAUCUCUUUUUACGUAUAUACAUAUACACAUACACCUACAACCUCAUCACGUACCGUUGUUUCUUCUUCGUUUUCUUCUUUUCCGUACUAUUUCUUCUUCUUCUUCUUCUUCUUCUAAUUUUCUUUCGCUUUUGUGUUUUUCUACGAUGAUCUUUUUUACGUACAAUCGUGUACGUGUCAUAGAAAACGCAUUAAACAAUAACUCGUUUAACAUCACUAUUUCUCGUUUCGUUUAUGGAAAAUUAUUGAAAAUUUUAAUUGGUAUGUUCUAUUAUUGGUGAAGAAGUAUCAUUUUGUUCGAAGCAGUAUAUUUGUACCGAGAAUUUCGUUUAGGUAAAAUUAGCUUCUUCUUCUUCUUUUUCUUCUUCUUCUAAUGUAAGUUGAUGAAAAAUUUAGGAGGAAAUUCUAUGAAUUUUUUGACAGACGAGUAUAGCAAGCCGUACACAUUGUCCCGAGUAUAUAGUAGAUAACGUUCACACCACCAUCACACAUUAACACAUCCGAGACAAUUUAUUUUUGUAAAACUGUGUCGGUUCUAAUUUGCGACGCUGUGUCGGUUUUUCCAGCAUGGCGUGACUGGUGACAUAUAUCUAUGCAUAUAUAUAUAUAUAUAUAUACACACACAUAUAUACAUAUAUAUAUAUAUACAUAUAUUUAUGAACUUCUUAUCAUAGAUUGUGAUAUUUAACUGAUUAGUCAAGAUUAUUCUAAAUCGUGCGUACGCGUUAAUGAAAGAGAGAAGUGAGAUAGGCGGCCAAAUGAUAGGGGAUGAAAUAGAGAGAGAAGAGGGUGAAAUAAAUAGGAACGAAUGAUUGUUGGAUCACUGUCGAUCUUCGAAAAAGGAAAAAAAUUAGAAAGAAGGAAUGUUAUAAAUUUGCGCUUAGUUCGAUUACAAUUGUUUGCCGCUUAGGAAAAUUAAAUUCGCUCCGUGCAUUGUGUUUUUAAGCGUUGAAAGAGGUACUGUUUCGUUUCGAGUUUCCGCUUUUCCGUGUGUAUGGCGUCGUUAAUUCGAUAAAUUGUAACAUUUCGUUUUAUCGAUGAACGUAGCAAGAAAAAUGAAAAAAAAAAAAAAAGAAAGGAUGAAAGAAAGGGAAGAGAGGGGAUAUAAUAAUAACAACAAUUAUCAGUAGGUAGAGAAAAAUAGAAAAUGAGUAUGGAGAGAGAAAUUAGUCUAAGGGAUAGAGGAGAAAAGACGUGGAUGCACGUCAUGUCGAGCCGACGAAGGGACGUUGAUUUUUUUUCGUUACCGCGCAGUAUAAAUUAAUAAUGCCAGCAAUGUUAUUAUUAUCGCUAUUAUUCGAAGAUGAGAACAGUCAUAUCGGCCCGGUAUUGUUCUGUUCGAUAUAAAUCGAACUUGGACGACGAUCGAUCGAUGCGCUCGCUUGUUUGCAAGUUACACCACGAUUUCUUCAUCGACCGUAUAAACGACUUGCAUCGCCUUACGAUUAUAGCCAUAAAUUUCGCCUUAAAGGAUUCGUUAGCGACCAUAGUAGCGAGUAGCAGCGUGUUUCUUGCAAAGAAAUAAUAAUUCUCGAGCGAGACUCAUCGAUUGAACGUCGAAUAUGUUAUUGAAAAGUAAAAUUGAAGAGAUGAAUAGAAAAUUAAAAAAAAAAAAAAAAGUACCGAUAGCAAUAAAUUAUCGUUCGAAUACGCGCGAAUGGAAAAAAUAUGAGAUUCGUUGACGGACCGACAUGGCCGGAUUUCGUUUUCGUUUAAUUACUGAUCUUCUCGGCUACCUGAAACCGUGAUAAUUUGUACAUAAAUCGCGUAAGCAAUUACAUGUACCUAUGGUAUCGAAAAAAAAAUCUAUAUAAGUAUAUAUUAUAUAUAUACAUAUAUAAAUCUAUAUGUAUAUAAAAAUAAUUCUAUUGAGAAGAGAGAGAGAGAGAGAGAGAGAGAGAGAACGAGCGAGCGAGAGAGAGAGAGAGAAAGAGUUGAAGAGAGAAAAAAUCGUAGUAAAAAAUUUACAGGCGUCGAAUGCUGUUAACCGCUCGUUUCCGAGUGUACCUUAAACGCUGUAUAUUCGAGAAAAAUCUUACGUAGGCCGUAUAUUUAAUGAUACACGUGUACGUAUAGCGUGUGAAUAUCUCCUGUACAUAACAAGUGCCCUGUGCAUGCUUGUAGCGCACGAAAUGCUGCGUGCAUGCGCGAAAUAUGUGUAUGAUCUUUUUUAGACUAUUACUACUACCAACUAUAGUAUCUACUACGUACCACACGUUAGUGUUCAUCGAUCGAUGUUAUUUCGCGCGCGAGCUUCGAGUAAGUUUCGAGCGGUCCGAGGUUGUAAAUAUACCGAUUAAAACGACAGACAUACAAAAAAAGAAAAAAAAAGAAAAAGAAGAAAAAAAACAAUAAUCAACAACCCUUAAACGCUGUACGUCGAACAAAAAAAAACAACAACAACAAACAGAGGAAAGAAACAGAAAGAAAAAAAAAUCGCUAUCUAUCGUAGACAAUCGAUAAGAUUUCUUAUCGUUUUUUUUGCGAAGAAAAUGAAGAAAUGAUCACGAUCGUUCGAAAGUGUGGUUCGUGAUCGUUCGAAAGGGAAGAUUUAAAAAAAAAAAAAAGAAAAAAAAAAGAAAAUGGAAAAAUCUCGCAAAGCAAUAAUACAUAGUCCACGAUUAAGCGAAUGCACAGCAAUAAUACUAAUUUCAUUGUUUAUCAUGAUAUAAACGUUAAGAGACACGUUCAAGAGGAACACUUUCGUCUCGUACGAAUUAUCCGCAACUCGAUUCUCGCGAGUUUAAACACGAUGUGGAUACGAAGCGCGAUAGAUUUUCUAUCGAUGCUAUUAUUUCCUGCGUAUUAUCUAACUUCUCGUUUACGCUUACGUAUCCAAAAAAGAAAAAAGAAAAAAAAAGAAGAAAAAGAAAAAAUCACGGGAGAAAAUCACUCGUUAAAUAAUAUUCGUUUUCAAUUUGAGCAUUCUCUUCAUCGCUUAUAUAUUUUGUUAUUGCUGUUUCCUUAGAUGAUAUAGAAACACAACCUUCCUACGUUCGAUCGAUCGUUUCGACUAAUUUAAUUUGUAUUCUUUUUUCUUGCUCUUUCCUUUUUUUUCGUUAAAUAGAACCUGUCAGUCCGGAUCACGCGUCUAGUAUUUUCGUUUUGCUCGUCAGAUUCGCUACGAUUUAACGAACCCGCGUGAAACUGUGGUGCACCAGACAUUUCGUGGCUCGCAUAAGACUGAGUACGCUUAAAACGAGGAAGAAAAGAAUUGUACGUUUGCGGUGUGUUAGAGAAUCGACCGUUUUAAAGAGGAAAAAGGGGAAAAGGAAAAGAAAAAAAAAAUAAUUUUUCCGUUGGCUUUGCAUAUCGUUGCAAAGUUUCCUCUUUUAUUUUUAGAGUUUAAUAGAGAGAGAGCGAGAGAGAGAGAGAGAGAGAAAUAAAGAAACAAAAAGGAAGAGAGUGAGAGAGAAAGAAUGAAAGAGAAAGAAUUGUGGAGUCGAUUCGCAUGAACUGUUUGCUUCCGGUUCCGAAUCGUUCGCGGUACGCGUUCGAAGCGACAGAAACGAUUCUGCUUUUUUUUUUCCGUUAUUCCGCGUAUAAAAUGGCGCGUAUGUAUACAUAGAUAAUACGUUCGUUCGUCGUCUCAGAGCACUGUAAUUUCACGUGGAGGGAAAGAAUAUGAAGAGAAGAAGCAAAUGAGGCGGAAGAAAAAAUCUAGUACAGCUCUGACUUCGUUCAUGACGCAAGAACAUACAACAAGAUACUUUGUGGCAUUUAAUUUAAAUAUACGUUUUAUAUUUAUUUGUA